GAAGUCCAAUGUCCACACAAGAGUGAUGAGCUCUCAUAGAGAAAGUUCUUAUAUUAGAAACGAUGAGAAAAUUUUCCGAAGUCUUGAGAAUUGAGGUGUCAGACACCCAGAAAAGGAGAAAUAUUUGAGAGAAAGUAGAGAAAGAUCUCAGCAAAAGAGGGUUAGGAAAAUGACCAGUCUCCAAAAAGAAAAUACCUAUGCAAAGACUACAAGGAAGGCCAAAAAUAAGGCAAAUAUAGAUUUGAGAGUAGUAAAGACCAGCUAUAAGUGUUCUUUUCAGCGAAAAUCGAUUGUAGCUGAUAAGGAAUAUAAUUCACAGAGCAAUAAUUUAGAUACAACUACUGCCACUAUGGAUAAGGAGCCCUGAAAUCAAACAGAGUCAGCAAUAAUCUCAGAGACUCGGCCUGUAUUAAAUGAUAGAUUUUAUUUUGAUGAAUCAAAUAGGCGGUAUAAAUAGCAGAGAAAAAUUGAUUAGAGAUGAUUCAUCAUCAGUAUAUAAGCAUGCAUCUAUUAAAACAGCUCCUAGAUCUCCGCUGAACAAAGUCUAUACCAGAAAUAAUGUUACUGUAGAUGUAUACAAUGAUCCUUCCACCAUAUGAGGUAGGAAGACAAUGCCAGAGUCUCCCAGGGCACAUCCGUUCUAUCUCAACACAAUCCAGUCAAGGCGGUCUAGAGGGAUGAGUGAUUUUGGGAAAAUGACCAGAUUUGAUUCCAAUAGAAAAUAAUUCUGUGAACAAGACCUUAAGUGACACAUAUUAUGAUAAAAAUCAGAAGAAAAGAGCGAGUCAGAGCAAAAAGAAACGCAAAGGCAGUAACAAACAAAGAAGCAGCAGAAGGACCAAGAGCUUCGUGGGUCCAUCUAAUGGCCCCUUCCAGAAUUGUACAGACUCAGCUGCAUGAAUCAGUGCUUUGAAGGAAUAUGAAACUUUGAAGGGUAAACUCAAUAUUGAGAAACUUUCAAAAGCCGGUCUCUGGAAGCAGAUCCCCCAAAUUGCUCGCAAUGAGAUAUGGAUCAGACACAGAGAUAAAAAUAUUAAGAAGGAGAGAAAGAAGUCUAAGAGAAAGGAAACCUCUGAAUGCAGUUUUAACCCACAGAUUAAUAAGAAGCCAUUUUGAGAAAUUAAACGUUACCUUGAUGGAGCAUCCUCCAAGUUUAGGCUAGAUGGCCAGCCCCAGAAGACAUACUAUGACUUAAAGAAGAGCAUGAAGAGUUCUUAUUCACACAAAGCUAAGGAAGCGAAGGAAAUCAAGAAGAAAGAGAUGUAUGAGCUCUAUGGAAAGCACCUAGAGUAUGGCGUCUUGAGGUAA